AUGGAGAGUGAAACGACUAGAUUUAACAAGAAAAAUCGCAAAAAUAAGGUAAAGCGGCAGACUUGACACAAAGUUAUACUUGCGUCAACCCUUUUCAUUUUGUUAUUUUACAGAAUUUUGUUGAAAAUAUUUUGCAAUACCAAGUUUAAAGGUCUAAAAUACGAUUUACUGGCUUAUUGCUGUUGUAAAUAACAGCAUUUAUAUUACAGAUUAUAUUGUAAAGUAAUUUUAUUUUAUGUUUUAACGAUUUUAAGGUAUAAUCUGUGAAUUUCAGCCAGUUGAACACGUUUUGGCUUGUCCUUUGGGUUUGGUAGCAGUAAGUCACUGCUUUUAUUGUGCUCACAUAUUCAAAAUUUAAUUACAGUGUCGGCUGAACCUUUUUCACAUUGUUUUGAGGUUGAAUUUGGUGAAAGGAUCGUUGAUUUCUCGCCAUACAUCAGUUUUCGUGGAGCAUACUUCAAGGAAGUUGGUUGAUAACUUAAGAAAUUGUAAGUUUUUUUGAUUUCUUAAUAUUUGAUGUUUAGGUUUCUGCUUUGGGAUAGUGAAGAAGGGUUUUUUGCGUUGAGUUAGUCUUAAUUCUAUUACUAAAAUAGUAUUUUAGAAGGAAACAUUUGAACAUGGGUUACAGUCCGUCACGAUCAGUCAGAAGUCGUUCCAAAGAUUGUCAUAGAAGUCGACAUCAUGACGAAAGAAGACCAGAUGGCGAUCGAAAACGAGAUUCAUCUAAAGAUAUGGACAGGAGACGGGAUUCAGAAUCUGAUAGAAGGCGAGGUGGAUCAAGAGAUAGAAGAAGAGAUGCUGUUAAAGAUGUUAGAGAUAGGAAGGAUCGUCGAGAUUCUCGAAAACGAAGUUUGGAGAGGAAAAGCCGUAGAGAUGAUGAUCGACGACGAAAAGAUGGCAAAAGUGAAAGAAAACAUAAGAGAAAACGAAGAGACGAGACGUCAGCUGAAAGGAGAGAGCGAAAGGCGGAAAAGAAGAAGAGAAAGGUGAGGAUUUUACUCAAAUUUUGAUGUUUUGGGCCAUUUUUCUUAUAUUCACAUACGUUUUUGUCAUUGAAUUAACUUUUUCCAAUUUUAGGAGCAAAAGAAGGCUGAAAAACUAGCAAAGAAAGCAGAACAAGAUGCUGCAAUCGAAGACAUCAAUCUAGAUUCAGAUGAAGAAGACGUGGAAGCUAGAAGGAUAGAAGAAGCCAGAAAACGACGUCAGAAGCUGAUGGAAGAGUUGUCAAAGAAGGAGAACGAGGUCCAGAAUGAUGACAAGUCUAGCCAAAAGUCACUAAAGGAAGCUGGAGAACAAAUUUCAUCAGAUUCAUCGUCAGACUCUUCCUCAUCUUCAGAAGACGAAGCUGAUCGUCUGAUUGAUGAAGCCAGAGAUGUUUUGAAGGCCGGCUACAGAAACGAUGACUCUCCAGCAAGAUCCGAGACUUCGGACGAUCGUACUGCAGCUUCUUCACCUUCAUAUUGCAAUGAGAGGGUUACUGAUAGUCCAUCAGACUUUUUGAAUGAUUUGAAUGAAAAACAUAUCAAUGUCAAAGUUAAGAUUGUAAGUUGUGACUUUUUUCGCAUUUAAUUGGCAAGAACUGUCUUUGUAUAAAAAAAUGGCAAGAACUUUUUUAAAAACUAAAAAAUGGCAAGAAAUUUCUUUACAAAACCAGAAAUGUCAAGAACUUUGUUUACAAAACAAAAAAUGGCAAGAACUUACUUUACAACACUAAAAAUGGCAAGAACUUUUUUUACAAAACAAAAACUUCUUUUCAUUGUAUAACUUGUCACUUGCAGCCUGCGCAGCUGAUAAAUAAUUUUUUAAUUAAAAAUGGCAAUAUAUUCUUUACAGAAGUAAAAAAUAUUAAAAAAGGUCGUCAUUAUGACUAAAUUUUUAAGCUUGUUGCAAUUUUUAAAAAAUUUUUAGAUAUUUUUUGAAUUCUUCAAAAUUUUUAUAGAUAUUUUCGUAUUUUUCUUUGAAAAACAUGAAAUUCAUAAGAUCAAAACGACGUCAUAAUGUAAAAGUUGUUGCCUUGUCUUUUUUUUCAAUUUACUUACAGAUUUUUUGGAAAAAUUUUGUAAAAUGAACUGUUUACCUAAACGUAUAGGUUAUACAACAAUAUUAAAAAAAAACGGAGGUGUUCAAAGGUUUGACGUUGUGUUUGUGCUCUUACUUUGAUCAAUUUUGUUUUAUUUCCUUGUUUUUUUUAAAUGUAACAAUAGGAAGUAAUUAAAGUUUAGAGUUUAAAAUUUUUAUUGUGUGGUGGUUUUUUUAGAGGGGAGGGGUGGAAAAAAAUUUUUUUAAGUUUUGAAGGAACGGAUUUUUUAAAAGUUUUUGGAAUUUUUUUGCUGGGGUGGUAAUUUUUUUUUGGCAGGGGGGGGGGAGGGGGUGGUGAAAUAUUUUUAAAAAUUUUGAAAAAAUGAUUUUUUUUUCAAUUUUGAAAAUUUUUUACAAAAAUAUGUUUGAUAAUGUCCCAAUCUUUCAGCACGACGCCAACGGCGAUAGCCUAGAGGGAAGUCGAAACGAACACCUCGAGAAACUCAUCCAACAACAGCAAGAGCGCGUUUCGGCCGAAGAGGAACGCAAACGCGUCGAACAUGAGAAGCAGCAGGAAGCGAAGAAAGCCGACACCUUUGAUAUGUUUGCCGAGGAAGCGCCCAUCGAGGUGGGUUACAAUCGAAUAUUAAAAUUUAUGAGGGAAUUUUGA